AUGGACUUCGGCGAGCUACCAAUAUGUCAUUGGGAGCUCAUGGCUAGCUACUCCACGGCAAACUCAAAUGUCCACGGAGUUUUCGAGAUCGCUGUGGCGGAGAAAUUCCUCGGCUCGCCGCAUCUUAUUCGCUGUUUCGGGUGUGCCCAAGCGCUUCCCUGUCCUUCCUUGCCUGCAUCUGCGGGAGCUUGGCAUGCAAACCUCAGCAGAUUCCCGAUCUGGAUCCAUUCUGCGCUCGUCCGCUUCAUGGUUGCCGAUGUGCUUCAUCGCAGCGAGCUUGUUCUGUCUUGCUAUGAACCUAUGCAACAAACGCAUUUCUUCGGCCUUCCGAUCCAUUCGGUUGCACCGUGA